AUCAUUUAAGUAACAUCUUCUUCUCAUUACCAAAAAAAAUAGGAAAAAAAAAAAAAACCAUUUCUUCUCCUCGGCGGGUUACCGACCGCAUCUUGUGCCUUCAUCUUCUUUCUCAACGUCUCCAGCGGAAUCUCCAGAAAACCAGAUUUUCAUUCUUCUUUUCACCAGUUGAAUCUGUGGAAUCAAUCCGGUCUUCAUCUGUAUUUUGCUUGAAUCUUUGUUUCGUUGUUGUGGUUGCGUAAAGGAUGAUUGUUUCAACUUGUCAAUUGAGGUGAUUUGGAUGUUACAUUAUUGUUCUUGACUAAGAGAGUUUGUAUUUACGUCCUUGUUUUCUAUAAAAGGGAAUGCAAACUCGUUGUCUUAGUAUCCUCAGCCUUUUGACGCUCCAUAUAAGAUUUCUCGACUCUGUUUUUGGUUUUCCAAAUCCACCGUGUUUUAGCUGUUCCUGAGGAUGGCCGUGGGCGGUGAAGCAGGAGGUGAAGAUGGGAUGAGGCGGAGAGGGUGCUCAUGCACGAAAGACGAUUUUCUCCCUGAGGAAUCCUUCAAGAGCAUGGGGAAUUAUGUCAAAGCACUUAGUGAGACUCCGCACCGGUUCAUGGACCGGCUCCUGACCCGAUCUCUGGACACCGCCGAGCUCCAUGAGAUCAAGGCCAGGAGCAACCAUGAGAUGAAGAAGAACCUCACAUGGUGGGACCUGAUCUGGUUCGGAAUUGGCGCUGUAAUCGGCGCUGGUAUUUUCGUCCUCACUGGCCUCCAAGCCAAGGAAGUUUCUGGUCCUGCCGUUGUUCUAUCGUACGUUGUCUCUGGUAUCUCCGCCAUGCUUUCCGUUUUCUGUUACACCGAGUUCGCCGUGGAAAUACCAGUUGCAGGUGGCUCAUUUGCGUACCUUAGAGUAGAGUUAGGUAACUUCGUGGCCUUCAUCGCUGCCGGUAACAUUCUCCUCGAGUAUGUCAUUGGUGGUGCUGCCGUAGCUCGAUCAUGGACUUCCUACUUUGCUACCCUCUGCAACCGCCAAGCUAAUGAUUUCCGCAUCAAUGUGAGCAGCCUUCCUGAUGAUUAUGGUCACCUGGACCCCAUUGCCAUUGUUGUCAUUACUGUUAUCUGCAUCAUUACAAUCAUCAGCACCAAGGGCUCCUCGCGCUUCAAUUACAUUGCUUCCAUCAUCCACAUAGCUGUUAUUCUCUUCAUCAUCAUUGCUGGCUUUACAAAAGCUGACACCAAAAACUACACCCCUUUUGCUCCCUUCGGCGUUCGUGGCAUUUUCAAGUCUUCGGCUGUGCUUUUCUUUGCAUAUCUCGGUUUUGAUGCUGUCUCAACAAUGGCUGAAGAGACCAAAAACCCUGCACGAGAUAUUCCUAUUGGUCUUGUUGGCUCAAUGACGAUUACCACUGCUGCAUACUGUCUGCUUGCUAUAGUAUUAUGCUUAAUGCAACCAUAUCCGCAGAUUAAUGAGGAUGCCCCAUUUUCUGUGGCAUUCGAAGCUGUAGGGAUGAAUUGGGCUAAGUAUAUUGUUGCUGCCGGUGCAUUGAAGGGCAUGACCACUGUUUUGCUUGUCAGUGCCGUUGGUCAAGCCAGAUAUCUCACCCAUAUUGCUCGUACCCACAUGAUGCCACCCUGGUUGGCUCAAAUCCAUCCAAAGACAGGGACCCCAAUCAAUGCCACAAUUGUCAUGCUUGCUGCCACAGCAAUCAUCGCCUUCUUUACUAAACUUGAUAUUCUUGCCAAUCUUCUCUCAAUAUCAACAUUAUUCAUCUUCACGCUAGUGGCUGCUGGUCUCCUUGUUCGCCGAUACUAUGUCAGUGGGGUGACAACACCAGCAGACAGAAACAAACUUAUUAUUUGCACAGCGUUCAUUCUUGGGUCUUCCGGUGUCACUGCUGCUUACUGGGCACUAAGUAGCGAAAAUGACUGGAUUGCAUAUGCGAUUACAGUGCCAAUUUGGUUCUUGGCUACCUUGGCACUGCAGGUUCUUGUUCCACAGGCUAGGACUCCAAAACUGUGGGGCGUUCCAUUGGUUCCUUGGUUGCCAUCAGCUUCCAUUGCUAUCAACGUUUUUCUUCUUGGAUCCAUAGACCGUGCAUCUUUUGUAAGGUUUGCUGUCUGGACUGCCAUCCUGUUGAUAUACUAUUUUCUAGUUGGAUUGCAUGCCUCUUAUGACACAGCCAAGGAGUAUGGAGAGAAUCAGGCUGCAGAGGAAUACAAGAAGGCCGAAGAAGGUGCUGUGUCUGCCACAAAUUAUGGCUAAAUUAGAUUCAUGGAGAUGAUCAAUGCAAGUGUAGCUUCUCCUAUUUUAUUUUCUAAACUACCAUGGGAUCUGGGAUUCUGUCUUGGAAAAAAAAUGUGUUUGUGUUAGUAGAGGAAGUUAUAGAGAAUUGUCUACUUAAUGUUAUUAUGUGCAAGGAGCUUAAAGGUUCAGGCCCAUGUUCCUUCAUUGUGAAUUUGUUCGAUUAAGAUCUGUAUGUCCCUCUAUUUAAAGAAUUGUGAAAUUGCUUGCUUAAGGUUUCUCCAUUAUUAUUAUUGGUGCUCACUUCUCUGAUUUAUAAUGUUGAAUUUCUUAGUCUUCCCCCGGUAUCCCUCAAUUUCUGCCUUCAUUUCAUUUCUGUUUUUCUCUAUGUCUUUGGGAUUGUUCUUCUCUUUCUCUGCCUCCUUAUUUAUUGGCAGUCUUCUAUCGAUUGCCCAUAUUAUGCUUGUUGUUUCGCUCCUUUUGUUUUGAUUUAUUUUCUGGGUAGUUUAGAUUCAGUGUUUUGUUUGAUGGAGGAGUUCGGCUGCUGGUGUUAUGCUGUUUGGUGCAUGGGUUCCCAAUGAUGUGUUUUUGACUUGUUUUGAAGGGCUUUAGGGUGGCUUUUAGCUACUAGAUAUUGGUAUGAGUUCUUAUAUGCUUCGCUUAAUAAGAAAUCAACUAUCUAUUUUGUGCUAGCUUUGUGUGAGCUUUUGACCCUUUCCCUUCAGUCCUUGGACUGAGCUUCUUUCCCCCAUUUCUCCAAUUCGGUAUUGUAUCUUUUUUUUUUUACUUCUAUGAUUCGUUUUUCCUUUUGUUCCACUAAAGUUGCAAAAUCUUG